CUCAUCCUCUUCUUGAUGCUCGGCUAACGGAACCCUUCAACAAGGGACGAGCGGAGGCGUCGGUGAAAAUGCAGCGCGGGUUCGACGGCGGCGCGUGAGGGAAGCACGUCAGGCUGAGGCUUUGAUAGUGGGUUUGAACUCGACUUUGAGGACUUGCUUCUUCAAUCUCUUCAAUCCAGUUUCUUCUUCAGUCGAAAUCUGCGGGUGAGGAAUCACCAUUUGUGGAAGUAAAGAUUCAGUCAUUCAGAUUCCGACCAGUUUCCAGCUUCUUGUGAUUUCCAUUGCAAAUCCAUGUUCUUCAUGAAGGGUUUUACAAGAACCCCAUCGAUUCAGUCGCUCUAUAAUCUUCUUCAACAAGUUUCGUCAUCAACCUUUGCUCCAAUGUACAGCACAGCCGCAUCUACACCUACUUCAGAGAAAAUGUCUUUCACGUUGAACUACCUAUUAGUAAAUGUGGAUUCUCCCGACAAACCGCAUCGAAGAUUUCCAAUCGCAUCACUAUGAAGUCAUCGGAAAAGCCAGACUUCGUUCUCUCCCUUUUCAGAAAAUGUGGUUUUUCAAAUUCGCAGAUUCGCAAUAUCAUCAAGAAGGCACCGAGAUUGCUUCUGAGUGAUCCUGGGAUGACUAUUUGGCCUAAGCUUGAUUUUUUACUAUCUAAAGGUGCGUCUAGCUCUCAACUUGUUGACAUCGUGACCAGAAGCCCUCGAAUCUUAUUCAGAAGCUUAGAAAAUCGUUUAAUACCUAGUUAUAAUUUUGUUAAAGGUUUUGUUGGAUCUGAUCAAAGGACUAUCACCUCAAUCCGGCGUAGUCAUAGAAUAAUGUAUUGUAAUUUCCUGGAAACUAACAUUCAACUCUUGCUUGACGUCGGAGUGCCUAAAUCUGGCAUUGCUGGAUUGCUUCAUGCGUGGCCUAGCUUGUGUACUAUGAAUUUAGAUAAAUUUAGAGUGGCAGUUGAGGGAGUAAAGGAGAGAGGUUUUGACCCUUCAAAAUCAAAAUUCAUUCCUGCAUUAUAUGCCACAAAUAAGUUGAGCAAAUCCAUUUGGAUUAGGAAGGUUGAAUUCUAUAAGAAGUGGGGCUGGUCUGAAGAAGAGAUUGAUAAAGCAUUUGCACUGCAUCCUCAUUGUAUGCUAAAAUCUGAAUCUAAGAUUAAGGCAGUGAUGGAGUUCUUUGUGCAUGACAUGGGUUGGGACUCCUGUGUGCUUGCCAAUAAUCCCAUAUUUUUUUCAAUGAGUUUGGAGAAAAGAAUCAUCCCAAGGGCUCAUGUCUUGCGAUAUAUUCAUUCAAGAGGUUUAAUUAAGAAUGCUUGUAUCGUAUACCCUUAUUAUAUUACUGAAAACAUAUUCCUUGAGAGAUAUGUCAAUCGUUUUGACGAUGAAUCUCCUCAAUUAUUGAAAUUGUAUCAAGAGACAAUGAAUCGUUCAAAAAAAACUUGAAUCUAGUUUGCUUCA